AACGAUAAAGACAGUUGUUUUAAUCAUGAUAGCGCAGUUGUUCGUCUAACUGCAAAAUUUUGGUCACAACAAGAUGUUCUGCCACUGACUGGAUGUUUCGUGAGUAGGUACCCGAUAGUACAUUUACUAAAUUAAUUAACAAUCUAGAUUUCAGCCCAAAUACGCUCUGUUGACUACUUGAUCCACCUUAAACGCCACUCUGUUUUGUAAAAGAGACAAACAACGCCCACCCUCUACCUUCGUCCAAUAGAACGCGUUCUCUGUUUAAAUAGACUGUGAAUGUCAAUCAUUUCUUUUUCGUCAACCUCCCUUCAAUCGCCAUAUUGGGCAACUGCUAAACGAACGGGCUUGUGUAUUUUUGCUUCUUUUAGUGCGUGGCUACUUUCCUUUCGUUGGAGCUUGUUAUUGCAACUGGUUCUGCGUUCUUCAUCCACUGUAGUAGCUGAGGGCCUAGUUGUCAGAGGCUCUAGGUUUUGGCUGUGUCCUAGAUCCUCCCCGAAGUGUCCCGUUUUCUCUGCUGUGUACUACUCAAGAGUCUUCUAUUUUAUUUGCCUUUUUUUUGUCUGGUACUCAAUUUGAAACCUACGAACUCCAUUUCAUUGCUUGUAUUUCUAACCAAGAAAGCAGAAUGUCUGACGUUCGUAGUAUUGUAAAUGGUAGCCCAUCGUUGGAAAGGAUGGAAAACAACAGGCAGGCAGAUGCACCAAAGUCUGCAGUCUGCAGGGUUCUCUUCGGGACGCCGAAUCAUCAGGAGUUAAAGCAAGAGUUAACCAAGCAACUACAGGAGAUGCGUUAUGAGCACGAGAUGAAGUAUAACUUCGAUUUUAAAAACAACAAGCCGAAGCCUGGAAGGUACAAAUGGCAGGCAGUUGCAAGUGACAGCCUACCUGACUUUUAUAUUCGCCAGCCUCAUCCACCACCACAAAAGGAUGCGCACGGUUCUGGGAUUUACUCAGGUGUUGACAUAAACGGUAAUCUGCUCACGGAAGCCGGGACAACCAUUUCCAGCGAUCAGCCUGCUAAGGACAGUGUGCCAGAGGCAUCGCCAGAUCAAAAGGACUCUCCUGACCGGUGCUCCGGUAAAAGGAAACAGGAAGAUUCCGGUGAUGUCGUUCCCCAGUCAACAGAUGGUAACGCAGCAGAUGACUUUUCAGAGGAGCUUUCCAGUGACAGCAGCAGCGAAAUAGAGCAGACCCCUAAAAAAAAGUCAAGCACAAAGAGGCACCGAAGGUAAUUGACACAAAUCACCUCCAAGUGCUUGUUCCUUGUUCAUUGAAUACACUGGUGCUUGAAUCAAGGAGGCUGUAAAAGACACAAAACAUGGACAUUAUCCUCCAUUUAUGGAGCAUACUGUGUAAGGCACUGAAUUAACACUAAAAUAUUGGCACUCUUUAAAGAUCUGCCUCUAAGCAUGGAUGUAGCAUGUGCAAUUAGGUUUUUUCCUUAUUUGCUUUUAUUUUACUACCUGUGUAUAUAUGUAUUUUGCAUCUUAUGUAGCACACUUUUGAGGAGGGUAUCAUUUUAUGAAACCCCAGUUACAGUUUUGCAAACAGAAUUUUCUAUGGCUUGUAUGGAGAGUAGCAAUGUAGCUUUAAUUUUGGUAAAAUGUAAUGGCCAUCAGGGGUUCAAGAAUGUGAAUACUUUAAUAUAUUAGUGUACCUCUGCUUCUUUCCCGUAUUUGACCUCUUACAUCCUGGGAAACACCAUGUGCCUAAUAGAGCAGUUUAUUCCCUCAGCAAGGGUGAGAUUUGGGGUGGUGGUUCAGUUGGAAAUUUUUUUUAUUUAUUUGUUUUAAUGGUGUAAGUAACCCCCCCCCCCC